UAUGGCGUUAGCAGAUUUCAGCGGUCUAAUCAGUGAUUUGUUUACGGACAAUGAUUUUCCUCCAGAACAAUCUUCCCUUACGUAUGUGUAUAGUGGAGACGAUAAAUACGAAAGAAUGGAGUUUAUUCGAGCCAAGAACCAAUGCCCUAACCCAAAAUUUGUUGGGGUAGGCGGUUACUUAAAGAUCCACUUAGAAAAGAAGUUCUGGCAUGAUAGACGAUGGCUGAGAUUUCCUUUAGCCGUUAUUAGCCUGAACACACGUCUUAUGGAAAGGAUCAUACCGGGCCUCAAAGACUUUAUACGCAACUUUACUAAUAAUUAUACAGGUAUCACGACAAAACGUACGGUAAACCAUAGAGUUUGUCAAUGA